AUGUGCUACCACGUCAAUCCGCAGGCAGACAGGGACUUCGUUGUCUUUUCCGACGGCGGCCUGGAGAUACCCAUGUGUUGCGACGGUGCUGGCGCGCACUGCGACUGCUUCAGCUACAUCCCAGCGGCGUCACCCCCUGCCGCGCUGAGGAACGACGAAGACGGCAUCCAGGAGAAGUGGGACUUUGCCAAGCGCAAUCGGGCAAAACCCUCCGCUGAGAGGGGCCCCAUCACUUUGGCGACCGUGAUCAAGAACGAUACCCAGGACAUCCGCGUCUAUCGGAAGUGGCUCGCAAUGAAUGAAACUGAAUAUUCCAACGUGUUCGGGAAGAGGCCUUCGGUGAAGGAUACUUCGAAGCAGCCCAAGCUCAACGUGCCGUGCGAGGCGGUCCCGGGAGUGAAGGAGACGGUGUCCCUCUUCGCCUGGGAGCCGAACAGCCCUCUUCGCACGGUGGAGACAAGCAGCACCGUGGGCUCCGCGAUGAAGACGGCCAUGCUGGACCCUGCAUGCUGCUACUACAACGGGCAGGGGAAGGGCUUCUACAAGUGGUCGGUGGACACAGACAAGAGGCUCGCGGGCGACGAGCUUGGACACGCGAUGAACUCGAAGUGCUCCACCAUUCUCGAGAUGGGCGCGCAGCUGGGCGCCCCAGAGCUGAGCGAUUAUUCUGCAGCCUACCACGGUAGUCACACUGCCGCCGCGUCUAGCGGCAGCGGUGACCAGGCAGACGUGUACAUCAAGAAGCUGAACCUCGAGGUUGCUCUGAGAAAGGGGAAGGAUGGGGUUGUGUUCCAUCAUGCAGGCCUUCGCGUCAAGAGUUGGAGCGCCAAGCCCGAUACGAAGGAGAUGGCGGGGGUGAAAUCACUCAUGAAGAUCCCGACCGCCGUCCAACUAGACAUAUGGGAUUAUGGUGCGACGUCCAGGUGCACGAAGGUCACAUUCCCAGUGGACGUGCCGAAGUUAUUGGAGCACUGCUGGCCAUGGCCGAUUCGUUGCAAGAUCGACGGCGACAUGAUCGACCCCAGGACCGCUGAGUUCGACCCGCUCGAGCCACGCCUCACGCUCGUCGGCGGGGAGUUUCCCGUCAAGCUUGAGAAGUUCAGGGCGCACUUCAUCAGGAGCGUUCUGGGUGAGUUCAUGGGCGAGGGCAGCAACGGCGAGGACUUCGUGCGCGCCACGUGCAAGCACAUGCACGACUGGGCUGAGUCGACAAUGGAGCAAUGCGACGACCUGGGUGACACGUCUGCCUUCCUUUGCGAGAUCACAACGGUUGCCAACGCAAUCGACACCCUCUUCGACAUGGAGAAGCUCCUCGACGGCGACGCUGGCGAGAAUGCGAUGAACGACCUCAAGGAGAUCAGCGACACAGAGCGCAAGUCCAGCGUGAUCAAAUCGGUGGCCCUCGUGGUCGCAAACGUAGACUUCUACCGUGACCUUCUCGCCACCGCCAUGACCAACGCUGCGAAGAUCAACGAUGCUCGGCCCAAGUACGUGGACAUCAGCGCCGACAUUGACGCGAAGAUGCAGCUCAGCCCCUACGAGCUUGCAUCCGGUGUCGAGGAGAUCCUCAAGAUGCUCCCAGCGGUCGUCUUCGCUGUCCCAGGUCAGUGCGUCAAACGGCUGUGCGACAAGACCAUGAGCAUCAUCUGCCAAGUUGUCGGUAUAGCCAAGGGGUUCGGUGGCAUCGAGAACGGCAGCGACGCCAUCGCCAAGCUCGAUAAGAUCGAGAUGCUCGUAGGCGUCAUUUCAUUGACUGGGCUGCCUGAUGAGAUGCAGAAUGAGAUACGGAGUUCAUUGAGGCUCAUGUGUGACGGUGCCUUGGCGUCCUACCCAGCUCCAGAGGUCGAUCGCAUCGGGCGCGUGAUCGACGAUGUGGUGCAGAGCCUGGGCAUGGACAACGAAACCGAUGAGCAGAAGAUAGCCCGCGCCAUGGUGGCUGGGCGCUCCGCCCAUCAGCUGACGCAGACCAUCAACGCGAUACUCAACGCUGAAGGGCAAGAGCGGCAAGAGGUCGACACUACGUCAACGGCCACGCUGCAAUUCCUGACCGGGCAGCUCACGAACCACUCCAAGGAGAUCGAGACCGCCAUCGAGUGCUUGCGAAGCGUGGGUGGUGCCAAGCUGGAGGAGGCGAAGAGUGCUGCCGCGGAGGUCAUCGAGAGUCUUCGCCCCUUGCAGGGCGGCCUCGAAGGUGCUGGGCAUUGGAUGGAAGGCCUGGCGGACAACAAACGCAACAAGUGGGCGGACUUCUACGAGUACGCGCAGAAGGCGAUCAUGCAGGACAGAGGGACUGCUGGCCUCAAGAAGGGGAUCGACGGCGCCACCACGGCGCUUGCUCGCGUCGCGGAGAUGGAGAAGGCUUUCUGCCUCGACUGCGGGGGCGAGUUCGAGGAUGACUGCAAGCAG